UUAUCGUCAAAGCAGAAAUAUGAAGGUUUUAGUGAUCCUGAUAGGAGUCUUCUCAGCUGUCUCGGCGGAAGAAAUGAAGUGUAAUGGCGCUGAUGGCGCCACUGCCGAGGCCUGCGAUGACGGAGUUGUCGCAUGUACAUCUCCAGUGUGGUCGGAGUACGGAGGUAUGAGUGCUCAAGCGUACGGGUGUGGAGCGUGCCCUGCUGACAGUACUGCGACAUGUGCCCAAUGCGAUGCCAAAGCAGACGAAGGAUGCAACGUAAAAGUAGCAGCUCCAGCUGAUGCACAAACAUUCGAGUGUUUCGACUACAGCUUGGUAAAAGAAGCAUUGGUUGCAUCCAAAACAGCGACAACUUGUAACGCUAACAAAGCCACUGCCAUCAAAUGCAACAGUCCCGGAACCGCAGCGGUAGCAAAAACCUACAAAGUGGCCAACAAAGGCUGCGGAGGGUGUACUGAAGCAGCGAUUAAAGACAAAACAUGUUCGGAGUGCUGCAAGACCAAAUGCAAUUCUGCGUCAACUCUCGCGUUUGUUUUGGCGCCCCUCUUGGCAGUUAUCUUCCAUGUACUGUAAAUAGCCAGGAACAGGAACCGCAUAUGACAUAUUAUCUGGAACAGACUGUCAUCAUUUAGUGCUUUACUUUCAAUUUCAAAGAUUAUGAUUUCUUCCGACAGCUGCAUUUUUCAAGUUCGAUGAAUAUUUACAAUGCCAAUUCGUUUGUCAAAGAUUUUUGACUUUUCUCAUAAAUGAAAUAAA